UUUUCCAUUGUACUUCCGGGUGGACUGUCAUGGCGGCGCCCUUCUCUCACUGAAGAAACAGCCCACAGACUCAGAAGAGACAAGCGGCGCGUCUGGAAGACUAGUUCUCCGCCAUGAAAUUGAAAACCCUGAUGACGUGGAACCUGCGGGUGUCCGCGGUCUACGCCGUCGGUAUCUGGACGAUGCUCGGGUCCUACUCGUACUACAGGUACAUGCGUCCCAAGGACGACACGCCAGAGGUUCUUCAAGAGCCACGGGAUCCGAACGAGCACGUCCACCAGACGGCUUACUCCAAAACGGUCAUCAUCUACAAGAAAGACUUUGUCCCGUACACCACGAGGAUCUACAACUUCCUCCGAUCCUUCAGCGGGGAACCCGGGAGCGGAGACGGCAACAAAUGACCACGUCUGCACCAGCUUUUUAUUAUUCACCAUGAACGGAUGCUUUCGUGUGAGGAUAUCGCCUUUCAUUUUUAGAAUUUACUUCUAUGAAUAAGGUGACGUGUAAAUAAAUCAUCUUAUAAGGUGCUGUUCUGAAUGUUAUGUGCUGCUAAUAACAUUAACCAUGUUUGUAGGGUUUGACCCAACAACACGCUGUACUCUAUCGUAAUGUUGUUAAAGGCGCAGGGCAUCGUUGCUCAGAUUGGCCACACACUGUUGUAUCAACUCUCACUCGGUUUGUUAUUACAAUUGCCAGUUUGAGGUUACUAUACUCACUUUCGUAGUAUUUAAAGUCUGAUGCUUUGCUGAAGUGAGGGAUGAAAUGCCACUCUGUAAAAUACUCCAUUAGAAGUGAAAGGCCUUCAAAACUUUUACAAAAGUAUAAUGAGCUUAGUCCAAGUUCACUGUUGUACUAUUAAGUGUUUCCCCUGAACCUUAAAGCCAAUGUACGCCAUAAACCCUGAAACCGAAUGUACUGGGCAGGACCAAGGGUAGAUUGUGAGAGUCGGGGAGGGCUUGAUGUGGACAGCACUUUGAUUCAACAAAUCACGUCACCAUGACAGCGUAAAUGAAUAUGAUGUACGAUUGAAGGUGUUUUUAAAAGCUUUACUCUCCGAUUUAAGCGACUUGCAGCCUCUGUCCUCAUAAGAUGAGAUGUUAUUUGAAUUUCAAAUAUGGUUUUUACAGUUUAUCAUCCAAACUGACAAAAUGAAAUAUUUGAUGAAUA